UCACAAAUCACAAUCAAACACAUAACCAAAACAUACAAAUGGCUGCUGCCUUCCUUUCUAAACUCGCAAUGAUCUCGAUUUUUGUGCUCUUGGCUUGUUUAACCGUGCCAUCCUCUGGAAACUUCUACCGAGAUGCGGAAAUAACAUGGGGCGAUGGCCGGGCCAAGAUACUCGAAGGCGGGCGUGGACUAUCUCUGUUGCUCGACCAAAACUCGGGUUCCGGAUUUCAAUCAAAGAAGGAGUAUUUGUUCGGGAGAUUUGACAUGCAGCUCAAACUCAUCCCGGGGAACUCCGCUGGCACUGUCACCACAUUCUUCUUGUCGUCUCAAGGCGAAGGACAUGACGAGAUAGACUUUGAGUUUUUGGGCAACUCGAGCGGUGAGCCUUAUACGGUGCACACGAACGUGUACUCAAAGGGCAAAGGAGACAAGGAACAACAGUUUCGCCUUUGGUUCGACCCUACUGCCGCAUUUCACACAUACUCCAUCGUCUGGAGUGCUCAGCGCAUAAUAUUCUUGGUGGACAACAGUCCGAUUAGAGUUUUCAACAACCACGAACGGAGUGGGGUACCUUUCCCCAACAACAAGGCGAUGAGAGUGUACUGCAGUUUGUGGAAUGCAGACGAGUGGGCUACUCAAGGCGGCCGGGUCAAGACAGACUGGACAAAGGCUCCUUUUGUUGCCUAUUAUAGAAAUUUCAAGAUUGAAAGCAGUCCACAAUUUCAGGCUCAGGAGCUUGAUGUUAAUGGAAGAAAGAGAUUGAGAUGGGUUCAGCAGAGGCACAUGGUCUACAACUAUUGUGCCGAUUAUCAGAGGUUUCCUCAAGGAACUUCUGUCGAGUGCAAGCGCUCGAGGUUCUAAACCUCUGUGUGGAGUCUUCUAUUCUUUGUAAAUUCAUUGGUGUUUGUGCUUGGUUCAGCAUUAUUAUUCAUUCAUUAAUGAUUUUUUUGAUGUAUUAUGUUAUGUACAUGUAAGAGAACAAAUUAUUAUUCAGAAUAAAUGAGGGAACCACAUACCUGUUUAUUUCAAAAAAAAAUGUGACCAAAUUCACUCAGGAUAUCAAGUUUAUGCUGCAAAUAUUCAGAUGUGUGCUGAAUACAAGAAUGUCUUGAACAAACACAUACAGUAUCCAACAACUCCACACACGUUGCAGCCACUUGAGAGGCCUGGAUGAAAUGGUAAAAAGGAAAAACAAAAAGAGUACCUUAUUGACAA